UGACGUACGCGCGUGGCCGAAACUGCGGCCCAGUUCAUUGCCGUUGGUUGCUGGGCGGGAAACCGCCGCACGGUCCAUCACAACAUUCAAAAGUCAACACCACGCUUACACUCGAACUCUAUAUCGCGACUCCACCAUCACAGUACCGUUUUCUCCGCACAAUCAGAAUCAAUUCAACUGCACACUUCAAGAAUAAUCCGAGCCAUCCACACAGCCAUAUUCACAUUUACGCGAUCACUACCACACCACCCAACAUGCUUCUCGACGAAGACCCUGCUUCGCUCAUAGCGCAAUGCACCUCCCACUUCAAACUCGACUCUGACCGCGCUUCUCUUCUCCGCAUCUCAGACUCCCUAAACACCCUAUCCUCCUUCCGCCAACAGCACCUUUCGUCGCUGCAAUCCACUCUCACCCGCCUAUCUCGAACCCACCAGACCCUCUCCAGCAACCACAAUCACACUCUCGCACAGCACAAUCCCACCACGCACGCCGCCGAGAUCUUGCGCCUCGACACCGAGAAGUUCAAGACGGCUAAGCAAGCGAGCGAUCUGGAGAUGGAGGGUGAACGUCUUGAGGCAGAGCUCGCGCGACUGGGGAAUGUUUUGGGUGAUUUGGAAAUUGAAGGCGUAGAAGGUGGGGAGAGGGAGAAGACGGCCGAGGAAGAUGCUACUGUACUCAAGCUGAAAGUCUAUCGCACCCUCGGUAUCGACGUCGAGGCCGAUCCUACCACGGGCCAGUACAACAAAGCAGUUAUCCGCAACGCUGCCAAAGGCGAUGUUCACGUCGUCAAUAUCGAUCCAAAGUUCUCACGCCACUUCUACACCAACUACUUCUGGCGGACUCUUGGGAACGAAUAGAUCCGAUCUUUGGGUUGUUGCAAGAUUUGUACUGGCGUAAUCUUCACUGUGGAAUAUUCAUCGUUUUGUUUGGGAUUUCCAUUGUUAGCUGCGGACUUGGAAGGGGAUCGUUUUUUGAAUGCAGGUGGUACCGUCCGAAUUGGAGCCCGACUUGGGAGGAUUGGGGCGUUCAUGGCUGGCUGAUGAUGAUGAAGAUACCUUUUUGUGUUUAUACCUGGCGACUGGCGUUUGAAAUCGGGCAGAGACUUUGACUGUCAUGUGCCAUUCAGGGUCUAAUGAAACACCAACGAUAUGUUACACUUUUCUCUUCCAUUUUUCCGCGAUCCAUGUCCAGCGAGUGCUACAUAAGUUGAAUGCGCAUCAGGAGAGAGAAUAUCUCGCUCCAUUGUCUCAAGAAAUGCAUUCUCCGAAACCCCCCUCAAAACGCACAUGUCAGUACAAGAAGGUCUGCGACGCGUCAUACAGCCAGAAUGAUUUCAUUGAUUGUACAUCGAUCCUGUAACUAGCUAUUCUGUGACUGUGUGAUUUUAUCUGCUCCAAUACUGAAUCACCGUUUCCUUUUCAACAAAACCCAUUCAAAAACGAACGAUUGGGAGAUCCCACAGACAAGUCGUUCUGAUGGUUCAGUGAUACGCAAUUCAAGUACUUCUUCCAUUUCGCCUCUCCCACCC